AUGGCUCUCAAACAAUGGCCUCACGAGCACAUGAAAGAAGUGUCCUCUUCUACCUUUUAUCUUUCUCUUUCUUUCUUUAUCAGUGUCCUGAUAUUGUUCAAGCUCGCGAGAAGAACCAAAUCCAAAACCAAUCUGAACCUGCCUCCAUCUCCACCAAAACUACCAAUCAUAGGCAAUCUUCAUCAGUUUAGCACACUGCCAUAUCGCUCUCUUCGAGAUCUCUCUCUCAAGUAUGGUGAUAUGAUGAUGUUGCAGUUGGGGCAGAUGAAAUCUCCAACCCUAGUGGUUUCAUCUGUAGAAGUGGCAAAGGAAAUAAUAAAAAACCACGACCUAGCUUUUUCGAACCGACCCCAAAACACUGCUGCGAAGAUCUUACUCUAUGGAUGCACAGACGUUGGCUUUGCAGUCUAUGGAGAAAACUGGAGACAGAAAAGAAAAAUAUGCGUCCUUGAACUUCUGAGCAUGAGAAGGGUGCAGUCAUUUCGUGCCAUCAGGGAAGAAGAAGUUGCGGAGUUGGUGAAUAAGCUACGUGAAGCAAGCUCGAGUGAUGCAUGUGUAAAUCUAAGCGAGAUGCUUAUUUCAACUGCAAACAAUAUCGUAUGUAAAUGUGCUCUUGGAAAGAAGUAUACAAGAGAUGGUUCUAACAGUGUGAAAGAGUUAGCAAGGGAUGUUAUGAUUUAUCUCACAGCUUUCACUGUGAGAGAUUUCUUCCCUUGGUUGGGUUGGAUUGAUGUUCUCACCGGAAAAAUUCAGAAAUACAAGGCCACUUCUAGAGCAAUGGAUGCUUUAUUUGAUCAGGCAAUUGCUGAACAUUUGGCUGUGAAAAAAGAAGGUGAACACUCCCAAAGGAAAGACUUCGUGGAUAUCCUUCUCCAACUUCAAGAGCAUGACAUGCUGAGCUUUGAGCUCACCAAAACUGACCUCAAAGCACUUAUAACGGACAUGUUUGUGGGAGGAACUGAUACAACUUCAUCGACAUUAGAAUGGGCUAUGUCGGAGCUUAUAAGAAAUCCUACCAUAAUGAAAAAGGUACAAGAAGAAGUGAGAACAGUUGUAGGUCACAAAUCAAAAGUGGAAGAAAACGAUGUUAAUCAAAUGCACUAUUUAAAAUGCGUAGUCAAAGAAACUCUAAGGUUACGCCUUCCUACUCCCCUUUUGGCUCCUCGUGAAACAAUGUCUAGUAUAAAACUAAAAGGAUAUGAUAUUCCAGCAAAAACAGUGGUAUAUAUCAAUGCAUGGGCAAUCCAAAGGGAUCCUGAAAUUUGGGAAAAUCCAGAAGAGUUUCUCCCAGAGAGAUUUGAAAAGAGUCAAGUUGAUUUUAAAGGGCAAGAAUACUUUCAGUUUAUUCCAUUUGGUUUUGGGAGAAGAGGAUGUCCUGGAAUGAAUUUUGGAAUUGCUGCUAUUGAGUAUGUGCUUGCGAACCUUCUUUAUUGGUUUGAUUGGAAGUUGCCUCAAGAAUUUGAUACCAGUGAUAUGGAUAUGACCGAGAUUUUCGGACUUGUUGUAUCGAGGAAAGUGCCACUUCACCUUAAACCAAAGACAUUUCCAUUUUAAGUCAAGUUAAAUGUUUUCGUUCUUAAAGUGAUUACAGUUGUAAGUCAUCUUUACUUUGAGUGAUGUUGUUGGUCCUAAAUAAUACUAGUGUUUUAAGUAUGGUCAAAUUUAUAAAGAUAACAAAAUGUGAUUAUUAAUAU